UCUCCGGGGGGCUGGGCUCCCACGCCGGGCACGUUUACGUGCUUUGAGCCCGUUUUGUUUUAAGCGGAGGUGCUAAACACCUUCCCCCUGAGAUAAAAGAUGAUUAAUACCUUUGAACGAGUGCCGCUUACUGGCUCAAAGUCCCUUAAGUACUUAAUUAGUGAAAGGAUGGGCACAGAUCUCACCGUCAAACACAAGACGUUCCCUUUGAUGUUCACGUCACCUAACAGCAGGCAUUAGAGUGAUGGAAAUUUGAUUAGUUCUCUCCCAUUCAUUUGACACCGAGCGCCAGCAUUUAACCUGAAGAGGAGAUCCAUAUAAAAACCCUGAGAAACGGCAGAAGUCACAGCAGAAAGUGAAGAGGUGUGUGUAUGUGAGAGAGAGACACCGGAUAACAUUACUAUGGAUUUACUGCCACUGUUUCUUCUGCUCGGCGCCGUCCAUCAGAUCUAUUCAGCUGCUGUAGACAGAAACCUGUUCACAGAGCGCGCGUGCUGCAGACGCCAGAGUCACGUGAUCUACAUCGGCAGAGAUAUUUCAGGCAGUCCUGUGAAUGUGGAUGUUGGCCUGUGUAAAUCGCAUUGUGGUCAGUCAGCAUCAUUUGACACGAGUCUUCGGGCCUCCAAAUUUUCCUCAAUGCUGGAUUACCUGAGGAACAAGAAGAUGAGACGGCUGGAGCCAUCGUCAUCAUUCUCAGGGGCAGCAGACCUGUCCUGUGGUCUGAGCUCCACCUGUGAGUCUGCCGGUGUCCGUGUGGACAGAGUGAUGCUGUAUGAAGGUCUGCGUGAGGUCGAGAUCAUUCAGGACUGCCACUGUGAAGCCAGAAUGAUUCAGUGUGUACGAGCACCGGCAUUAAAAACAUACUACUCAGAGACGCCGUAUGAGACAGUUAUAGACGCUGGCAAGUGUGUGGGAGUGAAAGGAGCACCAGAGGGAUUUUCAUGCGUUCCCACAAAGUUUGAUUCCACCCUCAUUGAAACUCCAAACAAAGUGGAAUUGAUUCAGACUGUAGCUCAAUGUAAACUGAUGGAGGGCUGCUACAGAAUCCCAUAUGUUGAGUAUCACUACGAGACCACGUACAGCGAUGACGGAGUCAAAGUGGAAAGUCUCAGGGAAAUAGAUGUGGGCAGAUGUUUGGGAAGCUGCACCGCAGGGAAUUGCUGCCUUCUCAGAAGUGCAUCUCACUCGGGGGAGUGUUUGCUUCGGGCUGAAGGUCGAGGAAACACUUGUGUUCCACAAGACUACGAGAGUCACACUUUCCUCAGUCAACAUGGUCAAAUCCGCACCGUCCUGGCCAUCACCUCCUGUCUGUGUCAAUCUUAAACACAGAGCCCACUUCUGGAAACUGCGAUGAAUUCAGAAUUUGAUAAUUUUUUCCACAAUGUUGCAUGGCGCUAAUGUCAAGGUUUUAUGGGAGGUGCGAAUGAGUUAAGGAUAUUUUAAAGGCACGCUGCAGGUAUGCAGUUCACUGAUGACAAACAUCACAUCUGUAAUAUAUGUAUAUUAUGUAAAAAAAUAUUUGUAAAUAAAA